AGUGAUCUGGAAGUGGUAUAAAAGCUCGUCCUCCCAGUUGCCACUUAUCUCGCUAGCUGACAGCUUAGACAGAUCAUCUCCGUAGUAAGUUUCAUCAUGCUUCGCCUUAUCAUCCUCGCCUUGGUGGGCAGUGCCCUCGCUAGAUACGACGAACAUCAUAUUGCUCCUAAAUUCAACGACUUCUGCAAAAAGUGCAUAGAAGAGAGAAAUGGUGUAGGCUACUACGAGAACCCAGAAGAUUGCAAAACUUAUCUCCAGUGUGAUUUGGAUGAUGAUCUUAACAUCAAGGUUCACGUGAAAGAAUGUGCUGAAGGCACACUCUUCGACGGUACAAUUGUUACCUGCGUUCCAUGUGAGGUGGCCACCUGCCCAGGCAGCAAGGUCCCAUACCCACAGUGCCCACCAAGAACCGCCCCACCAACCACCACCCUCGCUUACACCACCCUCCCCCAGUUUGACGGCAAAUGUGACGGCCCUGACGGAUGGACCUACUUGGCCGUGUGGGGUGAUGCCAACACCUUCUACAGAUCCCAGACCCUUGGUGAUGAGACGAGAAUCGAGCGUGUCAGCUGCGGACAGUGGGAGUUCAACGUUAAGAGAUGCAUGUGCAUGGUUCCAGAUCUCCAGGCUAUUGCCCUGUGGCCUUUCGAUGAGCACACCGACACCACCGUCGAUAACUUCUGGACAGACUGCGCUGGUGUAGAGCUUUCUGACGGUAAAGUCGGAUACGCUGCUCACUUCAACGGCACCGUCCACUGCGAGGUCCCACGUUUUAACAACUACCCAUGGGGCUCUGCUCUCACCAUUUCCUUCUGGUACAAGAAUGCUGCUCACGCUAAGAACGACCGUGAAGGUCUCCUCAGCAACGGUAACUGUGCCAUCGAGCCAACCAUCUCCUUCUGGUCUGACCGCGGCUAUCUUGGAGGCCGCGUCCUGGUCAACAACAACGGCACUCUCCUCACCAUCGACCUCGGCAAGAACGGUGGCAGCGGCUGGAACCACGUCGCCAUGGUCUACGAUGGUCUCAGACUGGUGCUUUACGUCAACGGAAAAGUUGUCGUUGAUGAUAUCGCUGUCGGUGCUAUCCCAGCUACCCUUGCUCCACUGUACAUGGGCAGAGACUUGAACUGUGAGGCAGUUGAUGCUCGUUACAGCAACACCAACCUUGUCGGAUUCCUAGAUGAGGUCCAGAUCUACGACUGGGCUCUUACCGACGCCAUGAUCUGGAAGCUCAAUGCUGGCGAGAGAAACAUCAAGAUGGCCAGAACCGACUAAAUCAUUUCUUCAUAUACCUGACGGAAAACGAUUAGAUCGUACUGAACCUUUUUCAUUCUUCAUAAAAACUGUGGGCUCUAUUUAUAGUUACCCUUAGUUUAUAGAUGACAGCUCCAUUGCCAGCACAUUAUUAUGGCACUAAAGAUGUAGGCUAUAAAGCCAGGGUAGCACUGAACCCACAAUAUGUACAGUAUAGAUUCCCUUUUACUGCUUGUCGCAUUUUACAUAGAA